AUGCGCUGCCUCACUCCCUUGCUCCUCGUCCUCGUCUCGCAGUCGACGGUUUCGCUCGCGUUUGGCCGCGUUGGGCCCCGGAGGGCCGCGGUGGGCCGUAACUUUGACCUGGUGUAUCCUCCCAACUGGACGCGCGCUCUGAGCGACAGCACCGACAACACCGCCGCGGUCACGACCCCGAACCCGGCCAACGGGACUGACGUGGACUCUGAUGGCGCCGCCUCCGACUCGGAUGACGAGGGGGAGGAAGACGAUGACGAGGAAGACGAGGAAGACGAUGAUGACGAUGACGACGAUGACGAUGCCACGACCGGGAACAGCACGUCCACGGUAGGCUAUACGGGCUACAACGCCAGCGACUGGGGGACGGCGGCCGACAACUCGUCGGCGACGGGAACAACAACGGGGCCAGUGACCAACCUCACGGCUGACGAGGUCCGAGGCUGGGCUGUUCCUGCCACCUACGCUGCUGCGGCAUACUGCGGCCCCGAGCGUGUGAGCACAUGGUCGUGCAUCACGUGUGCUGCGCUCGGCAACCACACGGUCGUCACGGGCGGUGACAAUGCCGACACUCCAUGGUGGUACGUCGCCGACAACGGCGAGCAAGUCGUCAUCGCCAUCACGGGCAUGAACCCGGAUUCGCCGGCCAGUGUCGCCCUCGCGUUUGACUUUACGCCAGUCGUCCCCGAGAACAUUGGCAGGAACACACCGGAAGACGUGCUCGUCCAUCGCGGAGUGUACACUGCCUUUACGCGCGUGCGUCGGCCGCUCACUCGGGCGGUCCGCGCAGCUGUGCGUCGCGUCGCCGCCAAUGUCGCUGCCAACGCCGCCGCUGCCAACGUGGCAGCCCGCGCCACUGCACCCAACGAGACUGCUGUCGCGGUCAACACGACGUACCCAGCAGCCAACGACACUUCCGCCCCGGUCAACGCCACGUACCCAGGCAACGCCACUGCCUCGGACGUGGACGGCAGGGUCGUUGUCCCCGUCCUCGUCGUGGGCCACAGCUUUGGCGGUGCCCUCGCGCAGCUCGUCGGCCUCGACCUCGCCGAGCGGCUCAACACCACCACGGCAGUCGCCGUCCGCUCGUUCGUCCCUCCCCGCUCGGGCAACCCCGCCUGGGCCAACUGGAUGGACAGCGUCCUCCCGCCUCCUCAGGCCCAGUACAUUGUCAACAAGGACGACGCGACGCCGCACCUCCCGCCGCGAGACUGGGGGUUCCGCCACAGUGGUGGGGAGGUGUGGAUCUCCAACGCGACGGGCCAGUACGUGUCGUGUUCAGGCCAGGAGAAUGCGGCGUGCGCAGCGUCGGUCGAGCCCGGCAACCUGUUUGAGACGGUGGCUGCGAUCCCGCGCAUCCAGCACUUGGGCCCGUUUGCGGGCGUCUUUGUGGGUAUCUGCUUAGGCUAG